GUCCUCCUGGGAAACGUGGACGGAUGGGCAGAAGAGGCGACCCUGGACCCCCAGGCAAACCUGGGCGAGACGGUUACCCGGGUCCACUCGGUCUGGAUGGCAAACCUGGUAUUCCUGGACCUAAAGGAAGCCAGGGGCUGCCAGGACCAAAAGGAGAUAAGGGUGAUCAAGGAGAUACUGGGCCAAGGGGUCAUGGCACUCAUGCAGGGCUGCAUAGUAAUCAGAUUCUCAUUAAGGGUGAUCAAGGACAAGCUGGGCCACCUGGACCUCCAGGCCCUCCUGGAGCACCCGGUGCAAGAGGGCCCCCAGGAAACACAGGGAAGGACGGUCCCCGCGGCCCACCGGGAGAACCAGUAAGACGCUCCGCUCAUUUUACCUGCUUCUGUGAUGCCUUAAAAAAUACACGUUUCCUUUUUUAAAAGGGUCAUCUCUUGAAUAUUGUUCAGGCUAAAACAGGAUUAUUUGAAUCUUUUCUAAAUGCUCAAAUAUAACAACUCAAAUCAAAUCACGAACAGACUAUACCUAUACCAGGUCCAGUCAAGGCAAAUACAUUUUGCAUAACCUCUGAAAGAUAUUGACAGAUCUUAUUCUCUUAAUUUACUUUAAAGUUA